CCCCUCCCCCGCAGCUCCUACAUAGGUGGGAGGGCAGUGCUGGCGGACAGUGCUGCUGAAGCUCCAGAGGCAAGCUUCCAGAGAGAGCCCAAGAUCCUGGCACAAUGAGGAAGCAUCUGGGCGGAUGCUGGUUGGUCAUUGUCUGUGUCCUGCUGUUCAGCCAGCUCUCAGCAGUCAAGGCCAGAGGCAUCAAGCACCGAAUCAAGUGGAACCGGAAGGCCGUGCCCAGUACCUCGCAGGUCACCGAGGCGCGCACGGCGGAGACCCGCCCCGGAGCCUUCAUCAAGCAAGGCCGGAAGUUGGAUGUCGACCUGGGAGCGGAGGGCAACAGGUACUACGAGGCCAACUACUGGCAGUUCCCCGACGGGAUCCACUACAAUGGCUGCUCAGAGGCCAACGUGACCAGGGAGAAGUUCGUGAGCGGCUGCAUCAAUGCCACCCAGGUGGCGAACCAGGAGGAGCUGUCCCGAGAGAAACAGGACAAUAAGCUUUACCAGCGGGUCCUUUGGCGGCUGAUCAGGGAGCUCUGCUCCAUCAAGCACUGUGAUUUUUGGUUGGAGAGGGGAGCCGGACUUCGGGUCAGCGUGGACCAGCCCGUGCUGCUCUGCCUGCUGGUUUUCAUUUGGUUUAUUGUGAAAUAAGCUUGCAGGCCGGCCGGCUGGCCAUGGGGAUGAGAUGGGGAGCCAUCGCUGGGGUAUCUCAGUUCUCCUCUAAGCCCCAAACCCCGCGUGCCCCAAAGGUACCCAAGAGCUGUGAUUCUUCAGUCCCUCAAGCCGUACUGGCAAGUCUCCCUGGGGAAUCUGUCUGUAUCAGGUAAAUGUGUGUGUACCGAGCCCCUGCGGACUCUCCCGAGGGUGACCUGGCAGUCCCUGCCUCUUCAGCUCCCCAGGGAGUGUCUGGCAUGUCGCAUUCUGCAGUAGAAAAAUGUUCGCUGAACAGAGAAGAGAAGGUGCCAGGGACGGGGCCAUACACUUCUCCGCAUCCCCAACCCCUCCUAGAGACAGGGGUUCUUCCCACUGUGUAGACAAGGAAACUGAGGCUCCAAAAGUUGAAGAGGCUAGAAAGUAGCAGAGCCAGAAUGCGACCCUGGUUUGUCCAACCCCAGAUCUUCCACUCGGUGCAAUCCCAGAGCUGCCCUGUGAUUCCUUUAGGGCUCACCCAACCCAAACCCAGAUUUUCACCUGAGCUGAUGGCUGUGGAUUCUGCUACCUUGCUCCAGGCAGGUUGUAUUUAAUUCUUCUAAUUAAACUAAGACACAGUAAAGGGAUGAGAUGAACAUAGAGGUAAAGAGAGAGAAAAGGCCAGAAAUCAUGGUGUAAGGUGAUCUUGCCUGGCUAAAUUCCCAGAGCAGAGCAUUUCCAUAGUGGGAUGUGUCUACUCAAAGAUUUCUUUCACAAGAAGGAUAAGUGUUUGCUGUUCCUCUCUCUGAAAUAGCACCUGGAUUUGAGAAAAUAUUUUUAAAUGACACAUUUGCUUUGUAACAUUCCCCUAGUGCUAGGUGCCUCUUUUUCUGUACCUGUGUGGGAGAAUCCUGAACUCUACUCCCUUUACAUGGGUCUGCUGGCCAAUCGCCAGCUGUUCUUUUAACAGCUGUUGGGGGUGGGGUGGUCAUUUCUGUGAGCCACUUGUCACUAUAAAAAAAUAAUUCCUUGCCAAAAAGUUUCAAGAGAAACCGUAUCUUUAGGGAGACCUAGCAAAGAAUUCACUCUUAGCAUCAGCAAGAGAUGUGGUCCUUGGUAUCUACCUCUUAUUAGUUAAAUAUAUAGUGCAAAAUAUGAAUAUGGCUUAAAUAAAAAUAAUGAGUCUAAUGCUCUAAGAUGUCCCCACAGGCCCUCUGGGGUGAGGACCUCUUGGGGUCCCUCUUGGGGACCCCCAGGAAUUAUUGAACCAUAUUUGGAUUCACCAGUUACUGACUAUUAUCAAUUCUCCUUUAAAGAGAGUCUAAAAAAAAUAAAAAUAAAUUUUAAAAAAUUAAAAAAUAAAGAGUCUGCGGAGGGGGGCAGGGAUGUGCUUUCUCAGACAGUGUAUCCUAAGUAUUUUAAACCACGAAUCUUGAUAAUGGUACCUCUCGUUCUGAGCCUCCACGGCUAUCAGUGUUCUUCUCAAGGAUACUUGUGGAAGGUUUUAACAGAGAAAGUCAGUGGAGGACUUGGGGGCGGGGCAGCCCAGGAUAGCAAUCUUACCCAAGGGGACUGAAGGAUCAGUGCCAUCCGCUUCUACAGUCCUGAUGAAUUCUUGAGCAGAGCACAGGAUAAGAGUACAGACUAUGUACAGGCUAUUUCUUGCAUGUCAGUUUUUUAUUUUUAAUUUUUAAACAAUAGCAAGAAAAACAGGGGGAAAGAAAGAAAGAAAGAAAGAAAGGGAGGAAGGGAGGGAAGGACAGGGAGGAAGAAAAGAAAGAAAAGCGGCUUACUCGUAGGCUGGUGUUGAAAUUUUCAGUCCAGCUCUGCUGAGUUUAACCAAAAGGACACGCAGAGCCACAGAAGCCAAAUGACUUCAUUUCUUCAGCAAACACAGGCCAAGAUAUAAUACAAGUUCUGUAAUUGCUGUCUUUUCUCAUCUCAUUAACAUUUCCAGAAACCAGACUUAAAUGGCGAGUGAAGGGCAUUUGUGUAUGGUGAUUCAAAUGCCAAGUUUAUUCAUGAAGCUUUUAACACGUGCUUGAACAUCCUUGCUGCUGUUUAUGAACGAUGAGGUCCAGGGAAGGCUUUGCGUGUCUGGUUUUUCACUUUAGCCAAGGUUGUUGCGGGCGUGCCAUGUGUAGGACAUUGUGAGGGACGCCUGAAUUUAAACGAUCGUUUUAAAGAUGAAUAACUUCACCAACUACCGCUUUCUUUUCCCCUCCAAGUGCUGACUUUUAAAAAUGUAAUUGUUGGGGCGCCUGGGUGGCUCAGUGGGUUAAAGCCUCUGCCUUUGGCUCUGGUCAUGAUCUCAGGGUCCUGGGAUCGAGCCCCACAUCGGGCUCUCUGCUCAGGAGGGAGCCUGCUUCCUCCUCUCUCUCUCUGCCUGCCUCUCUGCCUACUUGUGAUCUCUGUCUGUCAAAUAAAUAAAUAAA